AUGGUCAACAAAGAUGAUACCAAACCGUCAGUUUCAACCAACGAUAUCGAUACGGCUUUGCUAGAAGCAGUAGCUCCAGCGCCGAUCGCUAAGAAGUCAUCCAAGACUCCCAAAAGGAUAUUCUUCAAUGAUGAUUCUGACAUUGAUCUCGAUCAAAUGUUAAGUGGCAUUGCAGCGAUAGCUGGAACCAAGGCAGAUACCAAAAGCUCUACCUCAAAGUCCGGCCGUGUUGCAGGAAAGAAGGUUGCUGUUUAA